GAAUGGGUCAAUUACUAGUCGAACCUGCGAGCCGAUCAAAAAAAAAUAUAUAUAUAUAUAUUGCGCGCCCUAACUCUUCAACAACAACAACAACAUCAAAAAUAUAUUUAUUCGUAUUUGUAUUUAUUAAAAAGUACGCAAGAGUAUAAGGGUUGGCGUGCGCAGGCGUGCGAUAAAAGGUAGCUGAGAUUUGAAACAUAGUCAGGCCACCUAGGAACACCAUCCUGAGCUGAAACACCAAUACCAUCUGACAGCGAAGAUGGAGCAGAUGUCGGUGCCUAAAAACAAAAGCUUUCUUCCAAAGCGCAGGCAGGAGCUUUUGAAAUGGAACGGAUGGGGCUACAAAGACUCCAAGUUUGUGAAGAAAAGCAAUGGCGAAUUUGGUUUUCUGGGCAACAGGUACCCGAUCGGCGGCGGCGAGGAGCUGCCUCUGUUCCGCCAGUGGGUGCAGACAGAGCUGGGCAUCGACACCUCGCGACUGGAGGAAGCGGUGCCGGAGCCAGCUGAGCGCGACUACCCGCCGCCCAACGUCCAGCCAGAGUUCCUGGCCGCGCUGACGGAGGCCGGCCUGAGCCACUCGGUGGCCGGCGAUGACCGGCUCUGGCGCUCCCACGGCCACACCAUGCACGAGAUAUUCGCGCUGCGCCGCGGAGAGCUGCCGCCGCUCGUCGACCUCGUCGUCUGGCCAGAGUGCCACUCGGACGUGGAGCGGCUGGUGCGGCUGGCCGCCGAGCACGGCGUGGCGCUGAUCCCCUACGGCGGCGGCACAUCGGUGACGGGCGCGCUGCUGCGGCCCGACGCCGAGCGGCGCACCGUCGCCUCUGUGGACACCUCGCAGAUGGCGCGCGUGCUCUCCAUCAGCGCGGCCAACCUGACGGCCCGCUGCGAGGCCGGCAUCAUCGGCCAGGACCUGGAGCGCGUACUGCAGGCGCAGGGCUACACCUGCGGCCACGAGCCCGACUCGUACGAGUUCUCCAGUCUGGGCGGCUGGGUGGCGACGCGUGCCUCCGGUAUGAAGAAGAACACGUACGGCAACAUGGAGGACCUGCUGGUGCACGUGCGGCUGGUGACGCCGCGCGGCGUCCUGGAACGGGGCAAUGAGGCGCCGCGCAUCUCGGCCGGGCCCGACCUGCACCAAUUGGUGCUCGGAUCAGAGGGCACGCUGGGUAUCAUCACUGAGGUGACGGUCAAGAUUCGGCCGGUGCCGCCGGUGAGGCGGCACGGCGGCCUCAUGUUCCCCGAUUUCGUCAGUGGAGUGCGCUUCAUGCGUGAGGUGGCCGCCCAGCGCCGGCAGCCGGCCAGCGUCCGGCUCAUGGACAACGAACAGUUCAAAUUCGGUCAGGCUCUGAAGACGCCGUCGGGGUCGUUCGGCUGGAUCAAGACCGGUCUGCAGAAGGCCUACAUCACCCGCUGGAAGGGGUUCGACCUCAACAAGGUCUGCAUCGUCACACUGAUGUUCGAAGGUACGGAGGAGGAGGUGUCCGCGCACGAGGCCCGGCUGCUGCAGCUGGCCACGGCUCACGGCGGCUUCUCAAUCGGCGAGGAGAACGGCAAGCGCGGCUACAUGCUGACGUUCGUCAUCGCCUACAUCAGGGACCUCGGGUUCGAGUUCCAGAUGCUCUCCGAGUCGUUCGAGACCUCCAUGCCGUGGGACCGCUGUCUGACGGUGUGUGACAGCGUCAAGCGCCGGGUGCGACAGGAGUGCUCCGACCGCGGCGUCUCGGACGUGUUCAUCACGUGCCGUGUGACGCAGACGUACGACGCCGGCGCCGUCGUCUACUUCUACUUCGCCUUCUGCUACAAGAACGUGGCCGACCCGGUGCAGGUGUACGAGGACGUGGAGGCGGCGGCGCGUGACGAGAUUAUCCGGUGCGGCGGCUCCAUUUCGCACCACCACGGCGUGGGCAAGAUCCGACAGCGCUGGAUGCGGCAGACGGUCAGCGCGCCAGGUUUGGGCGUCCUGCGCGCCACAAAACAGUACCUGGACCCGGACAACGUGUUCGCGUGCGGCAACCUGUACGGACAGCUGCCCGAACUGCCAGAGUCCAAACUGUGAUCACGGCCCGGUCACCUAGGAAAUCAAACUGACUCCAAUAGGGUCACCUGGGACAUCAGCCUGACCUCGGCUGGGUCGCACGGGGCAUCGAGCGAGCGGGGACUAAAUAACUGCCGGGGUGGGGGAAAGGAUAGAAAAUUGGAUUGUGAGUCGUGUCGCCGGUGUUUUGUGUAGACUAUACCCACUUUUCAUCGAUUUUACUUUCCUUGUGCCGUAUUUAGUUAUAUGUAACACUGCGUGUUGUCUGUCUUUUGGUCUUUCUCUCCUCACUGAUCUGAACCAUCAUCUUGCGUUUUAGGUCCAUGUUGUUUCCGCACAUCUUUUCUUACGCAUAUCUUUUCUUAUGCACAUCUUUAUCUCUCGCACUUGCCAUCCUGUGAGUAGUGAUUAUCAAAGGUAGUUUAAUCCACAGUGGUAGCUUGUUUCUGCACAGCCAGCUUUUUGUUGAGAUAGAAGCAGCUGUCUUACGACCAUGGUUAUAUUUUGGGUGUCUAGUCAAUCGACCUCAUAGGCAGCCGACCAUUCAGAUCAUGCAGCUCAUCCUGUUAUGUGUUGUCCAUUGUGCCGCUUGUUCGUCACGGGGAGUUGGAAUGUUAGCGAUAUUAAAGUCAAUAAUACGUUUCUUUUUACUAAUUCCACUUCCCGAUUAGAAGUGUUCCGCCGUCACGAUUUCCUAACGUCGCCAUUAUUGUCGUAUUGAGCUUUUAUGUAGUGUGCUGGGUACGACACUUCCCCGAUUUCACGAUGAUAGCAAUCAGUAAUCAUUAGGGAUCAUCUCUAUCCCUUUGCCAUCAGAUCCCUGAGUGAUCAUACGUCUUCAGCGUAUUCAAACUGCACGACUCGUGUGCGCGGUUUUAUCGAUUUAACCACAACCAAGGGCGCACGGGGGGAGUGGGUGGCGUUACUCGUGCCUCUGUAUCCUGAUUAUUUUUGUCUUAUCCAUACCUGUUUGUAAUGCUUGUUUUACAUAUGUCUAUGAUUAGGCACUCGUUCUAUUGAUUAUUGUGCUUGUUUUGGGUCUUGAUUGGGUAGUCGGCUGACAAAAGGGUGGUGUCGAUGUCGAUUUAGUCAUGCCAUCUUGAUAAUCAAAGCUUGUUUAGUCUUUGGCCGCAUUGUGAUCAAGAUGUGUGAUACUCCAAGUCAUUUUGUUUUGUUCGAUCUGAUGCUUUGGACAAGGCGUUUACUGGUUGCCAUAAUAUAAUUAGCUGCUGUC